AUGGCCGAAGGCGAAGCAGAACCUAACCAAGACUACGAUCUGGAGACGCCCAUCAACUCAACAUCAGGAUUGCGCCAGGGCCUCACCUCCUAUGGCGACGCUCAUUUCUCACUUUUUCUACGCAAAGUAUUUAUCAAAGCACUCGGAUACUCCGAAGAUGCUCUCUCAAGGCCAAUAAUCGGCAUUAUCAACACCUUCUCGGGAUUCAAUCCUUGCCACGCCAAUGUACCGCAGCUCAUCGAGGCCGCUAAGCGCAGCGUGCAGCUCAAUGGAGGACUGGCGAUUGACUUUCCUACUAUCAGCGUUGCCGAGUCGUUCUCGCAUCCAACUAGCAUGUUUUUGCGGAACCUUAUGAGUAUGGAUACGGAGGAGAUGAUCAAGGCGCAGCCGUUGGAUGCUUGUAUUAUGAUUGGAGGAUGCGACAAGACAGUUCCUGCGCAGCUGAUGGGUGGUAUCUCUGCCAAUAAACCCAUCCUCCCUCUGAUUACCGGUCCUAUGCUUCCGGGCAGUCAUCGUGGCAAGAGAAUCGGUGCAUGCACUGACUGCCGCAACAAUUGGGCAGCCUUUCGCGCGGGCGAGAUUGAUGUCGAGGAGAUUUCGGCCAUUAAUGAAGAGCUUGCUCCUACGAUUGGAACAUGCGGUGUCAUGGGAACAGCCAGCACCAUGGCCUGCAUCACCGCUGCACUAGGAAUGAUGCCUCUUCGAGGAGCAUCCGCACCCGCGGUAUCAUCCGCCCGACUGCGAAUCGCCGAAGAGACGGGCGCAAAUGCAGUGGCCGUAGCCAAAGCAGCAAGAAAGCCACAAGAAAUCCUAAGCAAGGAAUCAUUCCUGAACGCCAUCACGGUACUUCAAGCCAUUGGCGGUUCGACGAACGCGGUAGUUCAUCUGUUAGCUAUCGCCAACCGACACCCCGAUCUCCAAGGCGUGAUCACAUUGCAAACAUUCGAGGAAAUCGGACAGAAAACCCCGCUCUUGAUUGAUCUCAAGCCAAGCGGUGAUAAUUAUAUGAAUGAUUUCCACAAUGCCGGCGGUAUGAUGGCGUUGCUGCAAGUUCUUCGACCGCUGCUUCAUUUGUCUGCGAAGACGAUUAGCGGCCAAACGUUGGGUGAAGUUUUGGAUGCCUCUCAAUCGAGGCUUUCGUUUGCGCAAGAUAUUAUCAGACCGUUUUCGAAUCCUCUUCACCCUUCGUCGUCUCUGGCUGUCCUCCAUGGCAAUCUCGCGCCGAAUGGAGCUAUUAUCAAAGCGUCGGCAUCCAAGUAUCGGUCUCUUCUCACACACACCGGACCAGCUGUCGUCUUUGAGAAUUCGGCAGAUCUAGCUCAGCGAAUUGAUGACCCGGAGCUCAAUGUGACAAAGGACAGCGUGUUAGUGCUCAAAGGAAUCGGCCCAAUCGGUAACCCGGGUAUGCCAGAAGCAGGGUUAAUUCCGAUCCCAAAGAAAAUAGCUGCUACUGGAGUGAAGGACAUGCUGCGACUGUCAGAUGGCCGAAUGUCAGGCACCGCAGGAGGAACCAUCAUCCUGCACAUUUCACCCGAAGCGGCAGUGCCAGAUUCUCCAUUCGGGGUGGUUGAGACGGGAGAUAUGAUUACCUGCGAUAUCGAAAGCCGUAGGCUUCAUCUCGAGGUCUCCGAUGAUGUAUUGCAAGCUCGUAUCUCUCAGAGAAAGCAAAUUUUAGAAAGCGAGACAGGCCCGGUGCAGGCGAGGAAGCAGAGAAGAGGAUAUCGCGGGUUAUACGAGCGUUCGGUGAAUCAAGCGCACGAGGGAACCGACUUUGAUUUCCUCACAGCUGGGGGUGCCAGUAAUUGA